GGAUGAAUUUCAAAGUGCUGGCUGUUUUGAGCUGCUUCAUCCUCCUCUUUGUUUGGGCUGAAUGCCAAAAAGAAAAGCCUUCCAAAGCUACGGAGAAGGCAGCCACGAAGGAGCUGAAAGCCAGUGGCUCCAAAUUUCCCAAAGUGCCAAGUAAAAAACUUAAACAGGGGACUCCAAAGUUUCUAAAGAAAAGCCAAGUUAAAGCCAUGACUGUUCCCAGGGAAGGCAAGCCGACCAUUCUGAACAGGGCAGUGGCAAAGGGACAGUUCCAGAAGGUGUCCAACACGCUGGUGCUAAAAGCAGGCGAAGCCCUCGACUUGCGCUGCAAAGGAAAGGCUGUCAAAUGGAGAUACCCUCCCUACUUGGAGGAUGACGACGUGGAGAGGCGACUGCGAAUCAAACACUUUGAGAGGCACAGUCAGCUGACCGUCGCCAAUUCGACCGCGGCAGACACGGGCGAGUACAGCUGCUGGUCCUUCCAGUGCCGCGACAGCGAGUGUCGUGAUGGAGAGGACAAGAUGGGCAAAACAUUCAUCUUCUUCACAGACCCUCAGGAGCUAUUUGUGCCCACAGAAGAUUACUAUGAAGUGAUUCAGCUGCGUACAAACCACCCCACCCUCCCAUGCCAGGUGACAAAUCCAGCAGCCAAAGUGACGCUGCACAGGGAGUUCCCCCCCGAGAAAGUGCUUGUGGAUGGACUAGACAUCUCGCAUGAUGUGAAGAGGGGCUUCAUCAUCCACCGCCCACAACCUUCCCAUGCUGGCUCCCUCUUCUGCAUGGCCAAUGUGGAUGGGGUGAGGCAGAUCUCCACAAAAUACAUGCUGAUUUAUGUGAACUAUCCUUCUUCAGUUCCCAAGCCAGCUAUCAGAGCUUCAGUGGCCUCCUUCCGUGCUGGAGACAAUUUCAAUGUCACGUGCACUGUCUUUGGGGAACCAGAAAUUGCUGUUGAUUUCACGUGGGACUAUCCAGGAGAGCAAAUUGGCAGACCACCCUACAUCCGCGAACGCACAGAUUUGGUGCGACGUGGUGGGCAGGUGCAGCAGGAAUCCGAGAGCAUCCUUUACGUUGACGAAGCACGUGCUGUGGAUGAUGGUUUGUAUACCUGCACUGCUGAAAAUCUGCAAGGAGGCACUGCAGUGUCCACCCGCAUUCGCUUGGUUCCAGCCUCACCAGCCCCGAAGAAGGCAAAGUCUGGGUAACUGCCUCUGGUCCUGCACUGCUGAAAGUCCAGGUCCUACUGGAAAUCCAAAGACUAGAGGCUGCCAUCAAAAACCAAGGGAAUCAACAGUUGCCUUCUCUUAUUUUGUCC